GUGACGUCACGCACGUCAUCGGACAAAGAAUUCUAAGAAUUUGUUACUUGUCAAAGUCCAAAAAUUUAUACAAAGAUAGGUCAUAAUCUAUAUAUGACAUACUCAUCGUGUUGAAGAAAUUAAAAAUCAAAUGGCAGAGGCUGUUAUUGAAAUUGAUGAUAGUACUAAUGUUUGUCCUGUUUGUGAUGAUCAGUUUCCGAAAGAUACUAUACAACAGCAUGUAGAAACACAUUUCAAUAAUGAAGACAAAAAUGAUAGUGAAAACACUAUUAAAGCUAGAUGUACGUCUCCAGCAUCAGCCUGUAAGAGGCAGUCUGAUCAAAAUGAGAAAGAUGAGAUGCUAGCAAAACGUUUGCAGCAGGAAGAAAUUAAAGAAGUGGAAAGGCAGAAAGUGAAGGAAAAUGAGGAAUUUAAAAAAUUGCAGCAAAUGUAUGGAAUGAGUUCCGAAUCCGACUAUGUGAAGCAAUAUAAUCAGUCAUUGGAUAAAGAAGUCUCAAGGAAUAAACUGUCAAUGGCUGAAUAUCAUUCAAAAAAAGAAAAAUUGUUUGAUUCACUCUUGUCAGGAGAAGAGAGUGGAGAGUCAUGUACUAAAGGUGUGGUCAGUCAAUUACAACAACAGAUUUGUGCAAGAGGACCAUUAACAAACCACUUCAUUAGAUUAUGUUGUCCAACGGAUCAUUUUUCAAGCAGUUAUGGGGACAAGAGUUGGGGAUGUGGUUAUAGAAACUUACAGAUGUUACUAUCUGCUUUAAUUAAAUUAGAACAUUAUAAAGAAGCAGUUUUAAAAGUUUGUCAAACUAUUCCUUCAAUUCCAAGAAUUCAAUGUUUGAUAGAAGAUGCCUGGCAUGAUGGCUUUGAUCAGGUAGGUGCUGCACAACUUGGUCAUAAACUUACGGAAACAAAGAAAUGGAUUGGAGCAACUGAAAUCACAGUGGCACUAAGAUUUAUGAAUCUAAGAACCCAUAUUGUUGAUUUUCAUCAACCAACAUCUGCAGAUGGGACACAUCCAGAACUUUUUGCUUGGGUUAAAAGAUAUUUUUCCAAAGGAGUACCUCAAAUCCCAAUAUACAUUCAGCAUCAAGGCCAUAGUCGGUUGGUUGUCGGUUUCGAGGAACGUUGUAUGAAGAAAAAGACAGAACAUUUGAUCCUUUUCGACCCCUCUAACUCACCCAAGCAGAUGCAACAGUUGUUUGGAAGCCAAAGGCAACAAAAUGCUGGUUUUAACUUGCUUAGAAAAACUACAAACCAAAUAAAAUCCAAGCAAUACCAACUUGUUUAUGUGGAUGGCAUUAUGAAUGAAGCUGAGAAACAAGGUAGUAAAGUUCUUUCAUCAACAAGAAUACCAUAAACAUUAAAGAGAUAUAUUACACUAGUAA